AUGUCGUUUAUUGUUUUCCCUCUUGUGCCAAAACUACAUCGUUUUGUUACUUUCCCAAACCUCGAAAUUAAACUCCCACCAACAAAACGACGUCGUCUCCGCUGUCACUUCCACGGCUCCGCUUUCACUUCGACGGUAUCGCUCCGUCCCACCUCCUCCGUCGUCCGCAUCCGCGUACGGCGAAACUCUUCGGAUUUUCUCUUCCGUUUCGGUUUCAAUUCGUUUCAAUGCUGUGCAUUCAAAGCUCUGUUUUGCCGAUACAAUCCGCUGACUUCGGCGUUCUUUCGUUUCCCCCAAAUUCGCCGUCUUUCAUCAUGGUUUAACCACCGCCCUCCCGCUCGGUUAAUUAUCAUGGUUUCCGAUAUGAUAAUUGAAGCUGGAGCUUAUCCACCACCUCUUGGAUAUGGUGGAUUCCCUAAAAGUGUUUGUACAUCUGUUAAUGAGUGUAUGUGUCAUGGCAUACCAGAUUCUCGCCAGCUUCAGAAUGGUGAUAUUAUAAACAUUGAUGUCACGGUUUACUUGGAUGGUUACCAUGGAGAUACGUUGAGAACUUUCUUCUGUGGAGAUGUGGAUGAAGGUUUUAAGAAACUUGUGAAGGUUACGGAAGAAUGCUUGGAGAAAGGUAUAGCUGUAUGUAAAGAUGGAGCAAGCUUCAAGAAAGUCGGCAAGAGAAUCAGUGAGCAUGCGGAGAAGUUUGGCUACAACGUUGUGGAACGCUUUGUAGGGCAUGGUGUUGGGCCAGUGUUCCACUCCGAACCACUUAUAUAUCAUCACCGAAAUGAUGAGCCUGGACUUAUGGUUGAAGGACAAACUUUCACAAUCGAACCGAUUCUGACGAUAGGAACGACGGAAUGUGUAACAUGGCCAGACAACUGGACGACUCUGACAGCUGAUGGUGGUGUCGCUGCACAGUUUUUGUAUGAUUCUUUCUAUCUACUCAUCUUUGCUCAACCGACUCUGAGAAGAGAAUCACUGAGCUUCUCAAGGUUGGCAAAGACAAGAGGGCUCUUAAGGUCUGGUGGUGGAGUCUCUGAAAAGAAGAAGUAA